GUGUGCGCAUGAGCGGAGGCGCCUCCCCCGGUUCCUCCCAAGGCUAAACUUUCUAAUUCCCUUCUUUGGGCUCGGGGCUGCCGGCGGCGGGGAGAGCGCUCGCACCGCUCGAAAGGAAGACGGGGGGAAAAAAGGGCAGGCGGCUCGGCGGGUGCGUGCUCCCCUCCUCUGCAAGGACUGUCCCCUCGGCUACAGGGACUGGCCAUGGGGCUGCUCCAGGUGUUCGCUUUCAGUUUCUUAGCCCUGUGCGGAGCCCAAGUGCGCGCUCAAGAACCCGAAUUCAGCUACGGCUGCGCGGAGGGCAGCUGCUACCCCGCCACGGGCGACCUUCUCAUCGGCCGGGCACAGAAGCUCUCGGUGACCUCGACGUGCGGGCUGCACAAGCCUGAGCCGUACUGUAUUGUCAGCCACCUCCAGGAGGACAAAAAAUGCUUCAUCUGUAAUUCACAAGAUCCUUAUCAUGAGACCCUCAAUCCUGACAGUCAUCUCAUUGAAAAUGUGGUCACUACAUUUGCUCCAAACCGCCUUAAGAUUUGGUGGCAAUCCGAAAAUGGUAUGUGGUUGGUGUGGGAACAAGUUCCACGGUGUGUGAUUGGUCACCUGGAAGGAGUUUAUAGACUCCUGAGUAUUUGUAAUCUUGAUUGGUUUCUCUGCCCGGUAAUUAUGGCCUUUGGCAGAUUUACUGCCUACCUAUGUUCUUAUGUUACAGAAAGGACAUUCCGUCCGGCUGCUAUGCUGAUAGAACGAUCGUCUGACUUCGGGAAAACCUGGGGCGUGUACCGAUACUUUGCCUAUGACUGCGAGAGCUCAUUUCCAGGCAUUUCUGCUGGUCCCAUGAAGAAAGUGGAUGAUAUAAUCUGUGAUUCCCGCUAUUCUGACAUUGAACCCUCAACGGAAGGAGAGGUGAUAUUUCGUGCUUUAGAUCCUGCUUUCAGAAUAGAAGAUCCUUAUAGUCCAAGGAUACAGAAUCUAUUAAAAAUCACCAACUUGAGAAUCAAGUUUGUGAAGCUACACACUUUGGGCGAUAACCUUUUGGAUUCCAGAAUGGAAAUCAGAGAGAAGUAUUACUAUGCAGUGUACGAUAUGGUGGUUCGAGGAAAUUGCUUCUGUUACGGCCAUGCCAGCGAAUGUGCGCCUGUGGAUGGAUUCAAUGAAGAAGUAGAAGGAAUGGUUCACGGGCACUGCAUGUGCAGGCAUAAUACCAGGGGCUUGAAUUGUGAACAGUGCAUGCAUUUCUACCACGAUUUGCCUUGGAGACCCGCUGAAGGUCGAAACAGCAAUGCCUGUAAAAAGUGUAACUGCAACGAACAUUCGAGCUCAUGCCACUUUGACAUGGCGGUGUACUUGGCCACUGGAAACAUCACCGGAGGGGUGUGUGAUGAGUGUCAGCACAACACGAUGGGACGCAACUGUGAGCAGUGCAAGCCAUUUUACUUCCAGCACCCAGAGAGAGACAUCCGAGACCCUAACCUCUGCGAACGAUGCACCUGUGACCCAGCCGGAUCUCAGAACGGGGGAAUCUGUGACAGUUAUACGGAUUUUUCUGCUGGCCUCAUUGCUGGUCAGUGCCGGUGUAAAUUACACGUGGAAGGAGAACACUGUGAAAUUUGCAAAGAAGGCUUCUAUGGUUUAAGUGCUGAAGAUCCAUUUGGUUGUAAAUCUUGUGCUUGCAAUCCUCUGGGAACGAUCCCUGGCAGGAAUCCUUGUGAUUCUGAGACCGGUUACUGCUACUGUAAGCGUCUGGUGACAGGACAGCAUUGUGACCAGUGUCUGCCAGAGCACUGGGGCUUAAGCAAUGAUCUGGAUGGAUGUCGACCUUGUGAUUGUGACCUUGGAGGGGCCUUAAACAACAGCUGCUCGGCGGAGUCAGGCCAGUGCGUGUGCCGACCCCACGUGAUUGGGCGUCAGUGCAACGAGGUGGAAUCCGGGUACUACUUUACCACCUUGGAUCACUACAUCUAUGAAGCAGAAGAAGCCAACUUUGGGCCUGGGGUCAGCAUAGUGGAGCGGCAGUAUAUCCAGGACCGGAUUCCUUCCUGGACCGGAGCGGGCUUCGUCCGAGUGCCCGAAGGGGCUUAUUUGGAGUUUUUCAUUGACAACAUACCAUAUUCCAUGGAGUAUGACAUCUUAAUUCGCUACGAACCACAGCUCCCCGACCACUGGGAAAAAGCUGUCAUCACAGUGCAGCGACCUGGAAAGAUCCCAACCAGCAGCCGAUGUGGUAACACUAUUCCUGAUGAUGACAACCAGGUGGUGUCCUUCUCACCUGGCUUGAGGUAUGUGGUCCUUCCACGCCCCGUGUGCUUUGAGAAGGGUGUGAACUACACAGUGAGGUUGGAGCUGCCCCAGUACACCUCCUCCGAUAGCGAUGUGGAGAGUCCCUACACGCUUAUCGAUUCCGUAACUUGUGAAUGUGACCCCCAGGGCUCAUUGAGUUCCGUCUGUGACCCCAAUGGAGGCCAGUGCCAGUGCCGGCCGAAUGUGGUUGGAAGAACCUGCGACAGAUGUGCUCCUGGCACCUUUGGCUUUGGCCCCAGUGGAUGCAAACCUUGUGAGUGCCACCUGCAAGGAUCUGUCAACGCCUUCUGCCACCCCAUCACUGGCCAGUGCCAGUGUUUCCAGGGCGUGUACACUCGGCAGUGUGACCAGUGCCUACCCGGGUACUGGGGCUUCCCGAGCUGCCAGCCCUGCCAAUGUAACGGCCACGCCGAUGACUGCGACUCAGCGACGGGGGCCUGCCUGGGCUGCCAGGACUACACCACGGGGCACAACUGUGAAAGGUGCUUGGCCGGUUACUAUGGCGAUCCCAUCAUCGGGUCGGGAGAUCACUGCCGCCCUUGUCCUUGCCCAGACGGUCCCGACAGCGGACGCCAGUUCGCCAGUAGCUGUUAUCAGGACCCCGUGACUUUGCAGCUGGCUUGUGUCUGUAAUCCUGGGCACAUCGGCUCCAGGUGUGACGACUGUGCCCCAGGCUUCUUCGGCAGGCCCUCGGACGUGGGGGGCGCCUGUCAGUCUUGCCAAUGUCACCGCAACAUCGACACGACCGACCCGGAAGCCUGCGACAAGGAGACGGGGAGGUGCCUCAAGUGCUUGUACCAUACGGAGGGGGAGCAGUGCCAGGUCUGCCGGUCCGGGUACUAUGGGGACGCCCUCCGGCAGGACUGUCGAAAGUGUGUCUGCAAUACCCUGGGCACGGGGCAGGAGCACUGCAACGGCUCCGACUGCCAGUGUGACAGAACCACGGGCCAGUGCCUGUGUCUUCCCAAUGUGCUCGGGCAGAACUGCGACCGCUGCGCGCCCGACACCUGGCAGCUGGCCAGCGGGACCGGCUGUGACCUGUGUGGCUGCGAUCCCGCUCAUUCCUUCGGGCCGUCGUGCAACGAGUUCACGGGACAGUGUCAGUGCAUGCCCGGCUUCGGAGGCCGCACCUGCAGCGAGUGCCAGGAGCUCUUCUGGGGAGACCCCAACGUGGAGUGCCGAGCCUGCGACUGUGACCCCAGGGGCAUUGAGACACCACAGUGUGACCAGUCCACUGGCCAAUGCAUCUGCGUCGAGGGGGUCGAGGGUCCACGCUGUGACAAGUGCACGCGCGGGUACUCGGGGGUCUUCCCCGACUGCACUCCCUGCCACCAGUGUUUUGCUCUCUGGGACGUGAUCAUCGCCGAGUUGACCAAUCGGACCCAGAAGUUCCUGGAGAAAGCCAAGGCCUUGAAGAUCAGCGGUGUGAUCGGGCCAUACCGGGAGAUGGUGGACUCGGUGGAGAAAAAAGUCAACGAGAUCAGAGACAUCCUGGCCCAGAGCCCCGCCGCGGAGCCGCUGAAAAACAUUGGGGAUCUCUUUGAGGAAGCGGAGAAAUUAACCAAAGACGUUUCGGAAAAGAUGGCUCAAGUAGAAGUGAGAUUGUCUGACACAGCUUCACAAAGCAACAGCACAGCCAGAGAACUAGAUGCUCUGCAGGCAGAAGCGGAAAGCCUAGACAACACAGUGAAAGAGCUUGCUGAGCAAUUGGAAUUUAUCAAAAACUCAGAUAUUCGGGGUGCCUUGGAUAGCAUUACCAAGUACUUCCAGAUGUCUCUAGCGGCAGAGGAGAGGGUGAACGCCUCCACCACAGACCCCAACAGCACCGUGGAGCAGUCGGCGCUCACCCGGGACCGAGUCGAAGACUUGAUGAUGGAGCGAGAAGCCCAGUUCAGAGAAAAACAAGAGGAACAGGCCCGCCUUCUGGAUGAACUGGCAGGCAAACUACAAAGUCUGGACCUUUCAGCAGCUGCUGAAAUGACCUGCGGGACGCCCCCAGGGGCCUCGUGUUCCGAGACGGAGUGUGGCGGCCCCAGCUGCAGAACAGACGAAGGCGAGAAGAAGUGUGGGGGACCCGGCUGCGGGGGCCUGGUCACGGUGGCACACGGAGCCUGGCAGAAAGCCAUGGACUUCGACCGAGACGUCCUGAGCGCGCUGGCCGAGGUGGAGCAGCUCUCCAAGAUGGUCUCUGAAGCAAAACUGAGGGCAGAUGAGGCAAAACAGAAUGCUCAGGAUGUUCUGCUGAAAACCAAUGCUACCAAAGAAAAAGUGGACAAGAGCAACGAGGACCUGAGGAAUCUGAUCAAGCAAAUCAGAAACUUUCUGACCCAGGACAGUGCGGACCUGGACAGCAUCGAAGCAGUGGCUAACGAAGUACUGAAGAUGGAGAUGCCCAGCACCCCGCAGCAGUUACAGAACUUGACAGAAGAUAUUCGGGAACGAGUUGAAAGCCUUUCUCAAGUCGAGGUUAUUCUACAGCAAAGCGCUGCUGACGUUGCCAGAGCGGAGAUGUUGCUGGAAGAAGCUAAGAGAGCCAGCAAAAGUGCAACUGAUGUUAAAGUCACCGCAGACAUGGUGAAGGAAGCGCUGGAGGAAGCAGAAAAGGCCCAGAUUGCCGCAGAGAAAGCCAUAAAGCAAGCAGAUGAAGACAUCCAGGGAACCCAGAACCUGCUCACUUCGAUUGAGUCUGAAACCGCUGCUUCUGAGGAGACUUUGCUCAACGCCUCUCAGCGCAUCAGCGAGCUAGAGAGGAACGUGGAAGAACUGAAGCGGAAGGCAGCCCAGAACUCUGGGGAGGCAGAAUAUAUUGAAAAAGUGGUGUACACGGUGAAACAAAGCGCAGAUGACGUUAAAAAGGCUCUGGACGGUGAAGUUGAUGAGAAGUAUAAGAAGGUAGAAAAAUUAAUUGCCAAAAAAACCGAAGAAUCAGCAGAUGCCAGAAGGAAAGCUGAAAUGCUACAAAAUGAAGCAAAAACACUUCUGGCUCAAGCAAACAGCAAGCUGCAACUUCUGAAAGAUUUAGAAAGAACAUAUGAGGACAAUCAAAAAUAUUUAGAAGAUAAAGCUCAAGAAUUAGUAAGACUGGAAGGAGAGGUGCGUUCGCUCCUAAAGGAUAUAAGCCAGAAAGUUGCUGUUUAUAGCACCUGCUUGUAACGGAGGAGGAGGAGGAGGAAGGGCUCGAAGGUGGCCAAGGUGACCAAAGUAACAGAGCUCCAUUUAAAAAACUGACUUCAUGAUCUUCAAAAUACAGCUCCUUACCUAUUUAAUGUUUUUAAUCACCACAUUUUGUACGGAGUUAAAUAAAGUACAGUCCUUUUGUAAAAAUUUAUAUUUAGGAUAAUUCUUAAAUUUUACUUUUACUCAGUGUUUGUGAAUCCCUUGAAGCUAGGAUCUUUUCAAUGUAAAAUGGUUUUAUAAACAAACUGCCUUCACGGGA